AUGUCUGAACUGUGGCCUUCGAACUAUAUAUCGACCGAGGUCGGACAGCAGACGGCAAAGUACACGAAUUCGGCAUUGGGUCUUCUGGUCUAUGACUAUUUCUUGACGCUCCCGGGCGAGGCCUACUGGAUAUGGGGCAAGCCAUGGGAUCUCGUCCGCGUGUUGUUCACUCUCUCGCGCUACCUCCCUUUUGGCGCUGUUGCGAUGAACGGCUAUGCUGCGUACGCCAAUCAUGCUCAUCAAAACUGCACGAAUUUGAACGUUGGCUCAUUUGUUGUACAUCUACUCGGUAUUGUUGCGGUAGAAGCUCUAUUAACUAUCCGAACCUGGGCCUACUGGGAGCGCUCUAAACGAAUGCUUGUGUGUCUGGGUAUCUUUGCCACCCUCUGUCUCGUUGCUGGCGCUAUAAGCUCUGUAUACGCUAGAGUAUCCACAGCUGUGGAGUUCGGCCACGAUCCAUUCGUGGACACGUCGUGCGAGUACCAAGCUGACCGGAGGACAGGCAUGGCCUACGUCUUCGUCUUCGUGUACGAAUUGCUUCUUCUGAUAUUGACGGCGUACCGCCGCUUUUACAUGAAGAACAAGUUUCGAAGUGUGGUCCUGGACACGCUCUGCUGGGACGGUAUCAAGAUACUUCUCUGUCAAUUACUGCUUUCCGUCUUGACUAUCGCCACCAUCCUCGGCUUUCCGAUCUCAUACGACGAGUCCUUCGACUGUCCACAGGUCGUCAUACACAGCGUCCUCGCGACGCGCAUACUAUUUAAUUUACGAGAAAGCGACAAACAUGCCCACGAGGAGAGCACGAUCGUGCCUCGGGCGCGUGCACGCUAUACGUACGAUGCCGGCGUGCAUCCGAGCGCAAGUUCUGAUGCUAUACCGCUGCGUUCGAUAUAA